CAAAUUAUAUAAGCGAAAAAUAGUAAGAUACAUUAUGUAUAUCUUAAAACACGCCCUUCUCAGUUACUACUUCGGCGAAUAUCGUUUGAUAAUUUAGAUGAUCAGAAUUAAACACCGUUUUGCUAUGUUAUUAUUUUUUUAUGAUUGGGUGGGGGUAUACUUAAUUAGGGGAUUGGAUUGAAAGAUUAUAGCUACCAUCUUAUGGAGACAUAAUGUGUGGUGCAUUUACGGUCUUAUAAAGCUCUAUUCUUACAUAAAGAAUUCUUGAUUCGCACGGAAGUGUUUUAGCCGUGAUCAUUUUAAGACAUGCUUAUGCCAAGAUCUGGGUUGACAGCUGAAUAUAGAAUAAAAAGAUGCCGACAGAUUGUGAGAAAUCUCUAGAUGACAUUGAAGACAUUGUCUCUGUCAAUGAUGUCACUGUAGAAGAUCGAGUUAAAGCGAAAAAACAUAUAGUACCUCGAGCCCGGAAACAUAAAAAAGAAAAGGAAACUACUACUAGAGAUAAAUUCCUGGCAGACAGUUACAUACCUGGCAUUCAGUCUAUAUAUGUUAAAACAUGGGGGUGCUCUCACAAUAAUUCUGACAGUGAAUAUAUGGCUGGUCAGUUGGCAACAUAUGGCUUUAAAAUAACAGAAGAAAAAGAUGAAGCUGAUUUAUGGUUAUUAAAUAGUUGUACAGUAAAAAGUCCAGCAGAAGACCAUUUCCGAAACGAAAUUAACUUGGCUAAUAAAUUAGAUAAAUAUAUUGUUUUAGCAGGAUGUGUACCACAAGGUCAUCAAAGGUCAGAAUAUAUGCAGGGUUUAAGUGUGAUAGGUGUACAACAAAUAGAUCGAGUUGUAGAGGUCGUAGAAGAAACGUUAAAAGGAAAUACAGUAAGAUUAUUUAGUCAGAAAAAACAGGGUGGGAAAAAAACAGGAGGUGCAACAUUAGAUCUACCCAAAAUACGCAAGAAUCCUCUCAUCGAAAUAAUUGCUAUUAAUACAGGUUGUUUAAAUCAGUGUACAUAUUGUAAAACGAAACAUGCUCGUGGUGAAUUAGGUAGUUAUAAACCUCAAGAUAUAGUUGAUAGAGCUAAACAGUCAUUCAAAGAAGGUGUAGUAGAAUUAUGGUUAACAUCAGAAGAUCUUGGUGCCUAUGGUCAUGACAUUGGUGUCACAUUACCUGAAUUGCUAUGGCAACUUGUUAAAGUCAUUCCUGAAGGUGCCAUGAUGAGACUAGGAAUGACAAAUCCACCAUACAUCUUAGAACAUUUAGAGGAAAUGGCUAAAAUAUUAGAUCAUCCUCGAGUUUAUUCAUUUCUUCAUGUUCCUAUCCAGUCAGCCUCGGAUAGUGUUUUAAUGGAUAUGAAGAGAGAAUACUGUUUAGCAGAUUUUAAACAAGUUGUUAAUACUCUCAAAAAAGGAGUACCAGAUGUAAAUAUAGCAACAGAUUUAAUUUGUGGUUUUCCAACAGAAACAGAGGAGGAUUUUCAAGAAACUAUGGAUUUAGUUGAAGAGUAUAAAUUUGCCAGUUUAUUUAUAAAUCAAUUUUUUCCACGUCCAGGAACUCCAGCUGCAAAAAUCCAACGAGUAGACCCACAACAUGUUAAACAAAGAACUAAACGGGUAUCUGAGUUAUUUCAAUCUUAUCAACCCUACAGUCAUAAGUUAGGUCAAGUUCAGUCUGUAUUAGUAACAGAGAUAUCACACGAUGGUCAGUACUAUGUAGCACAUAAUAAAUGUUAUGAUCAGGUUUUAGUUCCCAAAGAAGAAGAUUUAAUGGGUAAAAUGUUAGAGGUAGAAAUAAUAGAAACUGGAAAACAUUUUUUGAAAGGGAGGUUACUAUCGCGAGGUAAACGACCACUUGAUGUUCCCCCACCGUUAAAGAAAGGAGAAGUAUCUGGUGCACCUGUAGUAUCUUAUAGUGAGACAUCAAUUACAGAAUGUGUUUCUAAUCCAGUAUUUUGGUUCAGUAUAUCAGUUAUAGUUAUGGCUGCUCUGUGGAGAAUCUUCUCUCUUAUUAUGGGGUAUACGGGUCGUUGAUUGGACAAGGACACGCCUCUGUACAGUCAAUCUCGUUUUUAACUUAUUUGUGAUUAAAGCCUUGGCACAUGAAGGAUUAUUUAUUGCCGACAGUCUGAUUUCUCUUCAACAAUUUUUCUGUCUGUCAAAACAUUCAGUGCACACCAGACGUUUAGUAUGUGAUAGUAUGUCCUACACAAUAAUUCUUCAUACUUUUCAUGGCAAUAUGACAAUACAAAACUAAACAUAGUGGCCUUAGAAACAAUCUCCUUUAUAACAGUGUUCAUUUUUAAAUCAGAUUUUAUGAACCCGAAUGAAAUGUCUGCCAGAAUUGCACAUAUAAGAAUAAAAUAUCAGGAUGUAUAACUUACCGCUGCCUAGUAAUUCACAGUCCUUGAAAGGGCACAUAUUUUAGAGUGUAUAUUUCAUUUUAAAUAAAUUCCAUGAAAUUUAUUGUUUAAGAAUUACAAUAAAGCCCAAAAACAAAAAAAUUGUCUGGUUGUCAAAUAAUCCUGCAUCACUUAAAAAGACUGCAUGACUCAUUUCUAUUUCAA